AUGGCUGCGACGCAGGCAGAGUCUCAGCGUAGCGAAGUAAACGUUGAGCAGAAUCCAUCUGAGCAGCUCAGUGAAUCUCGGAACGCUUUAUUGCAAAACGGCACCGACAAGUCCGUCGGGCGCGUUCCGCCCGAUGGCGUCGUGAACACAAAGAGCAAAUCGCCGAUGUCGGCCGAACCGGGGCAGCCACGCGACAGUGGCGAGGCGCCCGGCCACGACCGAGGCGUAGACAGGCCAGUGACGGACCAGUACGGCCAGUAUAGAUACCCAGAAGGCGCGGAUCCUUAUUACGCGCCACGGCCAGGUUUUCCCGGCAAACCGCGACCUCCGCCGCAGCAGCCGCGAUUUUUCCCGGUACAAGCGGUGUCGCAGGCACCUGGCCCCACGCCCACGCUGAAUUCGUUAUUGCAAUCGAGCGGGGCGCCGCCACACCGCUACCCUAACAGUUAUGAGCAGCCGCCGGCGGGCUAUGGCCCGGCACCCGGCUGGCCUCAGCACAGGCCUAUGCCGCCUUACAACCCUCAAGGAAGCCCAUAUAGAAAUUCUACGCCGCCUCGGGGCUACGGUGGGCCACCUUACGCAGGUGCCCCGGGCGGUCCUCAACAGCCCCCGGGCGCAUAUGGCCCACCUGGAUCGUACCCACAGAGGUACCCACCGCCAGGGCCCCCAGGAGCACCCAACUCACGACCGCCUUUCUCACCACAUCAGGGCUAUGAGCGAGGCGGUUCCCCUCAGCCACCAACGCAGCCACCGGGCGCGCCGAGUCCAGGCGCAGGGCAAAGUGCGCCCGGCGCCAUGUCGCCAACCCAGGAUACGCAGCACCCACCCCAUAUGCCGCCGCAUGGGGCUCAACCACCACCACACCAGGGCUACCCGCCACCGCCCAGGCCAGCACAGCCGUCCACGCCAAACGCACAUGAUCCUGAUUCUGAUCUGACCGGUCAGAACAGCAAUGACUCGGGCGGAAGCGGCGGCGCAGGGCGCGCUACCACGCCGCACCUGAGGCCGACGCCAAGCCCAACAGGCUCCAGUGGCUCACGCUCCAUGUCACCGGCUGUUGGCACGCAGAACGUAGCGAUGCCGCCGCGAACGUCGUCGUCGCUGUCUGAUGGCAGCGGGCCGACGGCGCGGCCGGGGCCGGGCGGCGCAGCGGGCGCGCCCACGCCUGGCGGAGGGCCGCCGCCUGGUGCUAUGGUGGCGCAGCCCUAUGCGCACCACCCUGGGUACAAGCCGCCGCACUACCCGCCGCCGCAGCCCUACGGUUACCCGCCGAGAAAUCACCACCCCUAUCCGUAUGGAUACCGCCCGCCGCCGCCACCGCAUCCGCCACAGCACUACCCUCCUCCUUUGAAGCAGCAACCACGGCAUAUGGGUCCCCCAGGCCCGGGUGGACCGGGUACUCCUGGAGCCCCCGAGGGAGCUAUGCCACCGCCGACUGCGCCAGCCGAGCCACAUGAUAACGGGCCAGCAGCCCCCGCCACCGCGCUUGUCACCACCGGACCAGACGGUGCUCCGCUAGAUGAAGGCAGCCAACAGAGCACGCUCAGUAACGCAUCCGCAGCUUCUGGAGAAGAAGCAUGUGGCGGAGGGUCGGGCUCGAGUAAGGGAGGAUCUCGUAAAGAGUACGGCGCGGGCAGUGCGGCGCCGUCCCCGUCGCCGGGCGGCGGCUCGCACUCGUCCCUGCACGACGACUACGACGCGUCGCCCUCCUCGUGGCCGCGCCCGCCCUCUAGUCCCGUAUUUAACAGUCACAUUGCGCCGGAGUCCUACAGAUCAAAGAAGUCGGACUCGCUGGGCAAGCUGUACGAGAUGGACGACGCGCCCGAGCGGCGCGGCUGGGUGGAGCGCCUGCUGGCCUUCAUGGACGAGCGCCGCACUCCCAUCGCAGCCUGCCCCACCAUCUCCAAGCAACCGCUCGACCUCUACCGCCUCUACCUGCUCGUGCGCGACCGCGGCGGAUUCGUUGAGGUGACAAAGAAUAAGACGUGGAAGGACAUAGCGGGGCUGUUGGGUAUCGGCGCGUCGUCUUCAGCCGCCUACACGUUGCGGAAACACUACACCAAGAACUUACUCGCGUACGAGUGCCACUUCGACCGCGGGGGUAUUGACCCGCAGCCUAUCAUCAACCAAGUUGAAGCCUCCACUAAGAAGAAGAGCGGGAAGUCUAACAGUACAUCUAGUACAGGGUCGUCGAACUCUCAGGAGUCGUUCCCGAGCGGGGGCGGCGGGGGCGCGCCCAUGGAUGGGUACGGCGCGCAGUACGCUGGGUACCCGCCACAACCCAACCAUACGCAAGGCGGUGGGCCUGGCGGUGACAACCUCGCCGCCUCCAAUCCGUUCGACGAGCCGCCGGGGCCCAGGAGACCCCCAGGUUACCAACAAGGAGGUUACGGGUACGAAUAUGGAUCUCCUUACCAGCAAAAUAGGCCUGUUUAUCCAGCCUAUGGCCCCGAUGGAGACAGAGGGUACCGCGGUGGGUCGGUGGGCGCGGUGGGCGGCGUGGGCGGCGGAGGCGGCGAGUACCAGCAGUACGGCGGGUACGGCGGCGCCUACAGGGGCGCCGCGCCCGGCGCCGCCACGCCGCCGCCCGCGCAGCCCUACCCCGACUACUACCGCGCGCAGCAUCCGCAGCACCCGCAGCAUCCGCACCCGCCGCAUCCACAACAUCCGCAACAUCCGCAGCAUCCGCCGCACCCGCCCAUCUCGCCGCAACAGCCGCCGCACGAGAUGUCUGGCGGGGCGGCGUCCGUCAGUAACUUAUUGAACUCGCAGCUCGCGCGGCAGCUGGUGGCGCCGCUGUCGCCGACGCCCAGGCCCUACUACGGGGGCGGUAAGGCCAUCGGUGCCGGGGCUCCCCCCGCGGCCGGCGCGCCGCGGCGACAUCCAGACUUCGCUAAGGGAGAACCCGCCUACGGAGGCGCGGGGGCUGCGCCUGGGCCUGCGCCCGGUGCCGCCGGGGCCGGAGCGGGGGCCGCGCCCGGCGCCCGCUUCGGCGCCGCGUGGGGCGCGUCGUUCCCCCGCGCGCCCGCCCCGCCCGCGCCCGCCGCACCCUGGCGCCCACAGCCCGGGGCGCCACAACCGCCCAACUGGACGCAUCCGCCCUACUCCAAUACGCCAAGUGGAGGUCCUGCCUGGGGUGGCGCUCCAAGGCCGCCUACACAAGACCCUUACAAUUCGACUGCGCCAUCACCAGGCUCUGCUCCUGUUCUGACUGCUCCUGGACAACUAAAACGGGAGCUAACAUUCCCCGCCGAGUGUGUGGAGGCGGCCGUACCGACUGGAGAAAAACGAAGAAGACUUACUAAGGCUGACGUAGCGCCCGUCGACGCGUGGCGUAUCAUGAUGGCGCUCAAAUCCGGGCUGUUGGCAGAGACCUGCUGGGCGCUCGAUAUACUCAACAUACUGCUGUUCGACGAUAACUGCAUAGGAUACUUUGGCCUACAACAUAUGCCUGGAUUACUCGACUUAUUAUUGGAACACUUCCAUAAGAGUUUAAGUGACGUAUUCGAUGCGCCGUCGAAUGAUGAGGGACCCUGGUAUGCGCCACCUCCCAGUCCCGAACCCGUCGUGAAGAGCGCGAAAACUAAAAGAGAACCGAGAGAACCUCCCGACCCCGCCGAUCGAGUGCGCAUACUGAACGGAGAGAACUACACCAUGGAGUCGCGGCGGCGGCAUCCCGUCAUGUACAAACAGGACGACGAACUGUUCGCGCCCGACGACGAGGACGAGCGCGAGCCGCUCGACGACGACGUACUCGAGCCCUGGCAGUUCGGCGGAGACUGCGCCGGCGCCGCGCACGUCCUGCCCGUGUUCCGCUCCGAGUUCUUGCAUCUACCCUUCGUGCGCGUCAUGCCCGGGCAGCGCGCCGUGUCCUCACCCGCGCCCGAACCGCGUGUGCCCUCGCCCAUCGCAGAGCCAGCGCCUGAACCUGAACCCGCGCCGCCUGCCUCUACCGAGCCCUCGGGCGACAACCUGGCGCCCGAGCCCAUGGAGCUGGAACCCGCCGGCCGCCUGGCGGUCCGCGACCCGGCCGGCGUGCUGCGGCGCCGGCGCCUGGCAGACUACGAGGACGAGUGCUACACGCGCGACGAGCCCAGCCUCAACCUCGUCGACGAGACGCGUGACGCGCUGGCGCGCCGCUGUAUCGCACUGUCCAACAUCCUACGCGGCCUCACCUUCGUGCCCGGCAACGAGGCCGAGUUCAGUCGCUCCGGCGCCUUCCUGGCGCUGGCGGGCAAGUUGUUGCUGCUGCACCACGAGCACGCUCCUCGCGCCGCGCGCGCCCGCGCCUACGAGCGCGCCGCGCGAGACGACAGCGACGCGCGCGCCUGCUGCUCGUCGCUGCGCGGCGGCGCCGAGUGGUGGUGGGACGCGCUGGCGCAGCUCCGGGAGGACGCGCUCGUGUGCUGCGCCAACAUCGCGGGCGGCGUGGAGCUGGCCGGCCAGCCCGAGGCCGUGGCGCGCCCGCUGCUGGACGGCCUGCUGCACUGGGCCGUGUGCCCGGCCGCCGUGGCCGGUGACGCGCCGCCCGCCGCCGCAGCUGGCUCGCCGCUGUCGCCGCGCCGCCUGGCGCUGGAGGCACUGUGCAAGCUGUGCGUGACGGACGCCAACGUGGACCUGGUGCUGGCCACGCCGCCGCGCGGGCGGCUGGCGGCGUUGUGCGCGGGGCUGGCGCGCGACCUGUGCCGGCCGGAGCGGCCGGUGGUGCGCGAGUUCGCCGUGAACCUGCUGCACUACCUGGCGGGCGCGGGUGGCGCGGCGGCGCGCGAGGUGGCGCUGCACGCGCCGGCCGUGGCGCAGCUCGUGGCGUUCAUCGAGCGCGCCGAGCAGACGGCGCUGGGCGUGGCCAACCAGCACGGCGUGGCGGCGCUGCGCGACAACCCGGACGCCAUGGGCACGUCGCUGGACAUGCUGCGGCGAGCCGCGGCCACGUUGCUGCGCCUGGCGGAGCACCCUGAGAACCGGCCCCUGAUCCGGCGCCACGAGCGACGCCUGCUGUCGCUGGUGAUGUCCCAGAUCCUGGACCAGAAGGUGGCGCACGAGUUGGCCGACGUGUUGUUCCACUGCAGUCAGUCGCGCGCGGACGCGGAGCCCGAGUAG